AGAGGAGGAGAUAAUCACGCACGCGCACACACACGUACACACACAAACACGCGCGUGCUCACACACACACACAAACACACACUGAGUGACUGUCAGCGAGUAUUUCCACGUUCUCUAAGGCUGCGUCAUGCUCGGUCUCUGGUGCCCUCUGCUGGCUGCAUGCCUGCUACUACAACUACUUCUACUGCUACCUGCCUCCUGGUGCAGGAUGCCUGAAUACAACAAUGGAUUCUACUACCAUGACGUCACCAACAGCAACGGCAAUGGCGAAAUCUACUUCAAUGGCGUGCGUCUGCAUGUGGAGUCCCCCCAGCCAUCAGUGUCGGCCACCAGGGGGGGCAGCGUCACCCUCCCUUGCCAUUUCCACUACGAGCCUGAGGUCAGCGCCCCCCGCAGGACGCGGGUCAAGUGGUCGUGGUUGCCCGCCAACACUGCCGCGCCCGCCACCCUCGCCGCCCUGGGCGCCGCCCCCGCCAUAGAGACGGAGGUAAUGGUCGCCAUGGGCAACCGUCACCGCAGCUACGGUAGCUUCCAGGGCCGCGUGCGCCUGCGACGCUCGGCGCCAGGCGACAUGUCGCUGGUCAUCAACGAGCUGCGCCUCAAUGACACGGGGCGAUACCGAUGUGAGGUGAUUGAUGGCGUGGAGGACGAGAGCGUCACCGUGGAGCUGGAGCUGCGAGGUGUGGUGUUUCCCUACUUCUCGAACAGAGGACGCUACCACUUCAACUACCCGCGGGCGCAGCAGGCGUGCCAGGAUCAGGAGGCCACGCUGGCCACCUUUGAGCAGUUGUUCACGGCGUGGGAAGAAGGCCUGGACUGGUGCAACGCCGGCUGGUUGGCCGACGGCACGGUGCAGUAUCCCAUCACGGCGCCACGUGACGGAUGCGGGGGCUCCGGCUUGGCGCCCGGUAUUCGCAACUACGGUCCGCGCCACCGCCUUCUCCACCGCUUUGACGCCUUCUGCUUCUCCGCCUCCAUCAAAGGGACGGUCUACUUCCUGCAGAACCCGACCAGGCUCAACUUCAGCGAGGCUGUCCAGGCUUGCGCCAGAGACUUCAGUUCCGUGGCCAAAGUGGGCCAACUGUACGCCGCCUGGAGGCUCUCAGGAUUGGACCGCUGCGACGCUGGGUGGUUGGCCGACGCCAGCGUCCGCUACCCCAUCACCAAGGUCCGGGCUAACUGCGGACCCCCGGAACCUGGGGUGCGCACCUAUGGCUUCCCCCCAAGGCACAUGAAGUUUGGCGUCUACUGCUACCGGUAGACUCUUGGUUAGUAUUAGCUUUAGCCUGCGGGUAAAUGCUCCUCUUCCUCCUAAAAACUACUGUGACCACUAAGUUAUGCCUCUUUUCCACUGCUCCGUACCUGCUUGACCCCCCUCGGUUUCAGCUCGUCCACAUGAAAAUAGCUAUUUGAAAAGCAAGAAGUUGUCGUAGUAACAAACAACAACAAUGGAGGAGACUGAGGACGCGGAAGAUAAGCGGAGAUGCAACCGGGUCAGCUAACGUUAGCGUGUGUGUUGUUUUCAGUCAUUUCCAUCCUCAAAUGUUGGCUAGAAACUGGUAGUACUAGUAGUGGUACCAUGUGGUGGAAAAGGGACAUUAGACCACCGUAUUACAAAAUAGACUUUUUUUAAUUGCUUGAAGCAACAUUACUUUAGCUCAGUACUCCAAACUAAGACUUUCUGUCAGUACUACAAGUACAUAAAAAGUACAUACUGCGUGUAAUAUCUGCCACAAAAGUAUGCGAUUGUCAUUGUUUGUGUCGAACGAGCGACGACACUUGUACCUUUUUACUUUUUUAUCUGCUACAUAGUAUGUAAUGUAUGCCAGUGCAUUAUGUGUCGUUUUUAUACAAGUCAAUAAAAUGGCUGCUGUUUA